AUGGUUCCGCAUGGUCGCAACUACUAUCAGAGUGGCAUCUUCCUCAAGGAUCUGAACGAAGAGGUGAUCAGCAUCAUUGGGAAGCACUACCAAGCAGUCCCUUCUCCCAUGUCAGUGGUCAUGAUUGAGACUGAGGGAGGCAAGAUCGCCGAGCUUCCUGAAGACGAGUGUGCUGUGUCUUGGCGGCAGACCCGGUUCUGCGUCAACGUUGUUGCUGCAUGGGAAAAGCUGAAGCCCUACAAAACCGACUCCACCUACAUCAACAUGUUCAACGUGCCUCAGGAGGAGAAAGAUAAGAUCCCCAUUGCUGAGUUCUUUGGGACACAUGCGGCCAGAGUGAAGGAGAUCAAGCUCAAGUGGGACCCCAAGAAUGUGUUCCAAGCUCAGACCAACAUCCUCAAGAUGGCCUGA